GACCCGCUGGACCUCACGUCCUUUCGGGGGCGCGCGCGCCAGUGCGGGUGUGUGCGUGAACGUGCGCGUCCUCGCUGCCGCCGGUGCUGCUCCCGCCGCCCUCUGCUGCUGCCGUCGCCGCCCCGGGUCCUCAGGCUGCGGAGCAGGUGGGACGGCUGCUUAGCAGCGCCGCGGAACGGGGAGCGGAGCCGCGGAACCGGCAGGCGGGCGGGCGGACAGGUGAGGUCCCUGCAGGACGGCCGGAACUCCUUCGCGUCUAGCGGGGCUGAAGGCUGCCGGAGCCGGCCAAAGCCGAGGAGCGGGCCAGAGGCGCGCGGACCCGGGAUUAACCUAACAUGGCUGACCAGAGGCAGCGCUCACUCUCUACCUCCGGGGAGUCACUGUACCAUGUUCUUGGGCUUGACAAGAAUGCAACCUCAGAUGACAUUAAAAAGUCCUAUCGGAAGCUGGCCCUGAAAUACCACCCUGACAAGAACCCUGAUAAUCCAGAGGCUGCAGACAAAUUUAAGGAGAUUAACAACGCCCACGCCAUCCUGACAGAUGCCACGAAAAGAAACAUCUAUGACAAAUACGGCUCACUGGGGCUCUACGUGGCUGAGCAAUUUGGGGAGGAGAAUGUCAACACAUACUUUGUACUCUCCAGCUGGUGGGCCAAGGCCCUGUUUGUUGUCUGUGGCCUCCUCACCUGCUGCUACUGCUGCUGCUGUUUGUGCUGUUGCUUCAACUGCUGCUGUGGGAAGUGUAAGCCCAAGGCACCUGAGGGUGAAGAGACGGAAUUUUACGUGUCCCCCGAAGACCUGGAGGCACAACUGCAGUCUGACGAGAGGGAGGCCACAGACACACCGAUCGUCAUACAGCCGGCAUCUGCCACAGAGACCACCCAGCUGACGGCUGACUCCCACCCCAGCUACCACACCGACGGGUUCAACUAAAUUCAGGAGAGGCUGUGAUUAGAGGAUGAAUCAGCACCCGGCCACUGCAACCUUAGAAUCAUGAACUGUAGUCACUGAUGGGGAGGCAGCCGUCAACCUGACUUGCUAUGGCUCGUCAGGGCCUCCCCAUCUCCUCUAUGCCCACCCAUCCAUCAAUCCUUGAUACAUGAAGUACGUAGCAUGCAGUAUUUAAAGCAGUGUAGCUACGGUCUUCUCCUCCUCCUUCUGUUUUAUCCUUUUUUAAUAGCAUGUAUGGGUUAUGUUCAGUGUCUGUGUUGUGGAUGUGCUGCAGCCUGGCCACAUUAACUGGAUGGUGGAGUUGCCUUGGGCUUUCAGCUAAGUGGGUCCAGUGAGGUUCAACUGUCUCCUUGUGUUUACAGGAGUCAGAGGCAGACACCUGGAGCCACAGCUCCAUGUUGGCCUUGGUACCCCAUGACAGGGUCUAGUCCAUGGCUCUGAUCUCAUCCUCAAGGCUGCAGGCAGGGUUUUGAUUUCACCUGUCAAGGAGGGAGCUGGGCCACAUCCUCCAGGCACCACCAGCAUCAGUGCUUUGCACAGUGUUCGUGUUGGGAAGCUCGAAUAGGGUCUCUGCACCAUCUCACUCGACCUCGUGAGUUUUCCCGUUAGAUCUGCUAUGGAGAGUACAGGUAUGCCCCUUCUGAGAGUGGAAGCACGCUCUGUGCGGUAUAUCUCUAGCCCGGGUCUCCUGGAGGUAUGUUCCCUCACUGGUGUGUGGGAAAUCAUUUGUCUCUGUUCUGCACCUUUUCAGGUCAAAAGCUGGAUUGAUGGGGCCACAGCCUCCUUCCCUCAUUCCUGGGUCGUCAUCCACAUUCCUUCAAGCCAACCUAUUUUUUUUCCCUUUUAUGGACUUUUUAAGGUCCACAAAUGGUGGUAGCACCUGCCACUUAGUCAUAGUGAGAAGGUUUGUGAGUCCAGUUGUAGGUGGCAUUGUGGCUACUUGUAAAGUGCUUGAGUGAGGAUCCAGCAACCAGAGCCUUCUCCCUAUGCUUGCCAGAGCUCCAUCCACCCUCACUUGCCUUCACUUCCACUCGUCAUCAUCAAUGCCUCAGGUGGAGAUGGAAUGUUGGGUUCCUGGACCAGGUAGCUAGACCCAUGGCCCCUGGCUCAGGAGGGUUGGCUUCCAAGGAAGUUGUGGUGACAGUCACCCAACCUGGGAGGCCAGCACCAGGCCACAGAAUCCCUUUAUGAACAUCACUCUAGUCGGUAUUCCAGUCUUGGUUAGGGUUACUAUGGCAGGGGAAGUUGAGGAAAUGUGGGUACCAAGAACUUGGCACCACCCUGUCCUUCCACAGUUAGCUGGAUUAGCUUCACGAGACUUCAGUGAGCCAGGUUGCUGCAGAUCCUUCCCGUUUGCUGCUGACCAUCUGCAUUUCCAGUACAGAUGAAGAAUGAGAAGGCUCAUGUGAUGGCUCAGUGGCCCAGACAAACCACCAUGUUUCUGAAGCCAGCCCCCCUUCUCCCCUCUCCCAGCUCACCAGGGAGCAGAUCAGGUUGACAGGAGGUUGCAAGAGGGGGCAGCAGUGUGAGGGCAAACUUGCACUGACUGAGGGUACCUAUCCAGGUCCUGGGAGGCACUGUGGUGCCAGAGUCCCUAGGCAACCCACAGCAGAACUGUGUGAGCCAUAAGCUGACUAUGAGGUCCUUGGGUUUGUUAGUCUGUUUUGCUCUUUAAAGGAUCUUGGGGACAUUCACUAACAUAAUAAGUUAGAAAUAAUUUGUUAACACCAGACCUAUAGCUAGGUUUAGUGGGGCAUGCAUAUAAUCCCAGUACUUGGGAGUCUGAGGCAAGAGGACCUUGAGUCCCAGGCCAGUCUGGGCUACAUAGUGAGACCCUGACUGAAAACAAAAUCCCUCUGGUAGAAGGAUAAGCAAUCCAUUGCUGAGCCCAUUGUUAGAACAAGGGAAGAGGAGAGGCAGCUGAGCAAUCUGGGUGCUCUUCUCAAUGUACUAGAUUCUAUAAUGGCCAGGAACCCAGUUCAGAAUGUAGGUGAGGGGUAGAGAGCUGCAGUCUGGUCACACAUCCAUCCUGUGUGCAGCUCUGUGGCCCUUUCCCUCAUGUUCUAGUAAGCCAGAUCCUGAACUGGGGCUCGUGGGUGCUAUUAGGGUGAAAGUACAGAAGUUGAACCCAGUGUCUUCGGGAAUUUGUAAAACUAAUCAUGUAGAAUUUGAAACCCUCAAUUUGUAGGGCAGUUUCAAGGUGAUGAUAGUGAUUGCCAGAGCCAGCGCGUUCUCCCUGACUUAUCCCUGAGCAGACUCCCUUGCAAGGUUUUACUGUGUUGAUCUAAGGUUUCCCUGGUUUCAUUUGCCCUGAACUGAGCAGAGCUGGUAAGUCUCAGGAUAAUCCUGAUAUUCUGUCCUGUCCAAGUACUAGCAAAUAUGGAGACCCCACACACAUACUCCCUAAACUCCUAUACUGGUGGGCCACAUGGACGGUGCUGUGGCAUAUUGCCAGAGGAGUGCUGGAACCAAUCCAUUGGAAGCCCAUCCAGUGAAGUGGGUGCCCCUUCAGGACCAGACAGCAUUGACCACUUCUGACCUACAUGGAAGUAUGUGUGAGAGACUUGGGGUCAUCUCACUACAGCUGCUGGAGUGUUGAUUUCUGUUUCUGUUCAGUGCUGUUUUUUUCUUUUACUUUAUUUUUAAAUUACUUUAGAUAAUACUGCUCAAUGUUUAUGAGCCUUCCUAGUCCUCUAAUGUUCAGUUAAUGCAGCCAACACUCAACAGGGACCUGUUAGAAAAAGAAACCAGAAUGCUUACUGUGGUGAAUGGGAAACUUCACCCAGUUGUUGAUUGCUGGAUUUGGCCCUGAAUUACAAAGCCACAGUCUCUUCUCAGAUGUUCUGACCCCAGGUUUUACCAAAAUCAAUGCCCAUUGUCCUACUGACCCAUGGCUUCUAUUUCAGGUGAACCUUGUGCAAAGGAGCCACCACUGUUGGAGAUGGUGGCCCCAGCAUGCAGGCUGUCCCUGGAGGGUCCAGGUGCUGUAGGCAGAGCUGGUGGGCCUUGACCAUUCUCCUCUGGCCCUCAGUGCACCCUCCAUGAGGGACAGCUGUGAACCGUGUAAAAUGUGACUGAUCCUAUUCCUUUCCCAGUGUUCUGAGCUAUGAGCCCCUGUGGCCCAGGACUGGCCUGUUUCUGUUAUUUUGGUUACAAGUCAUCCUCCUGUGGAAAUGGCAAAAGCUACAUCUUUACUGUCCUCACCAGCACGGUGUGCAUUGUCACAUACUGUGAGUGUGGGCUGUGCUGUGUGUCUGUGUGUGUACAUAUGUGUAUAUGUAUAUAUCACGCAGCAGGCCUGUCAUGCUGCUGUCCAGUGGCAAAGCAACAAGUACAAUAAAAGUUGGCUUGAAA